AUGAGCGUGGUAGCGGUAAAGUUGCGAUGGUUCCUUCUACUGUUACGCAGAAUUUUCACCCAAUACCGUGGAGAAAACACGUCUUGCUACUACCCAGGUCUUCCUGUUCAAGGAUACCAAUACCCGCUGCGAUUAUUUCCAUCAGGUAGCUUUUCAAAGUGCAUCACAAUCACUGCACUAAAAAUUCCUAUUUGCAGACGGUCGUUGUGGAAACCUGAUCAAAGGGAAAUCAAUGGUUGCCCAUCUGACGAAGAAGUGAAGGAGUUCCUUGUUUCAGACAUCUCUCACGUAUGUAACUGUGGCACCUGCAAGACACCCCUGCUGCGGUAA